AUGGAAUUCAUCCUCUUAGGAUUUGGGGAUGCCAUGGAACUGCAACCCCUUCUCUUCCUCCUCUUUCUACUGGUCUACAUUGGCACUCUUGCUGGGAACACCCUCAUCACUGUGUUAGUUGUGGCUGAUCCACACCUACACACCCCCAUGUACUUCUUUGUGGGAAACCUGGCCUGCUUGGAGACCUUAUACAGCUCCACCAUCCUGCCCCGGUUUCUGGCCAGUCUUCUGAGUGGAGACAGAACCAUCUCCGUUAAGAACUGUCUGGUGCAAACCUAUUUUUUUUCUAUCAUAGCAAGUACAGAAAAUCUGCUGCUGGCGGCCAUGUCUUACGACCGGUAUCUAGCGAUAUGCAACCCUCUCCGAUACACUGCCCUGAUGAACGGCCGGGUGUGUUGCCAGCUAGUGGCAGGCUCCUGGCUGUACAGUUUUCUGGUGGUCGGCGUAUUGAAUAGUUUCUUGUUCCCGUUAACGUUCUGUGAGUCGAAAGAAAUUGACCAUUACUUCUGUGAUUUUUCACCCAUGAUAAAGCUCUCCUGCUACGACCCCCAGCUUCUGAAACUGGCGACAUUAAUUAUCUGUGCUAUAGGAACGGUUGUGCCUUUGUUACUGACCUUGGCUUCCUAUGUUUGUAUCAUCAGCACCAUCCUCAGAAUCCCGUCGUCCAUCGGGCGGAAAAAGGCCUUUUCCACCUGCUCCUCCCACCUCAUGGUGGUGACGAUUAUAUACAUCAGCCUCAUCAUUGUCUAUGUGUUUCCAUCAAGCAACACUUCCACGGUCCUCAACAAAGUAUUCUCGCUCUUCUACACAGUCCUGAAUCCCAUGAUCAACCCCAUUAUCUACAGCCUGAGGAACAAGGAGGUGAAAGAGUCCCUGAGAAAAGCAAUCGUGAAAGUGGUCACCUUCAGAAACAGACCUAGAAUCUGA